AAUAUUGAAUUGAAGAAGAAACUUUAGAAUAUCAUAUUUCACUAUAGUUAGUAUUUCAUUAAUAAAUCAAAAGGAAGAAGAGCUAAGAAAUUGAAGAGAAAUUAUGGCUCAAGCAAUGCUACUUAUGCCUAGUGUUUCUACUACUAACACUAUUGAUUUGAAGAGAAAUGCAUUGCUUAGAAUCCAAAUUCAAAAGAUUAAGCCAAAAUCUUCAUCAUCUCAUCUCUUCUUUUCUCCUCUUUCUUCUUCAUCUUCAUCUUCUUCUACAUUUAAGACUCUUGCUCUUUUUAAGCCCAAAACCAAAGCUCCUGUCAAGAAGGUGGAAAAACCAAAGCUAAAAGUUGAAGAUGGAUUAUUUGGAACCUCAGGAGGAAUUGGGUUCACCAAGGAAAAUGAACUCUUUGUGGGUCGUGUUGCUAUGAUUGGAUUUGCUGACAUUGCAAAAGAGCCAAGCAAAGAAGAAGCAUCCAAGCUUUUGAAGCACUUGGUACCACCUAUCAUGGCUUUACUAGUAGCCUUAAUUCCUAUCUCCUACACCUACACCUACACUCCUGUCUCGCUCGCCAUCGAUGCACCUCGAGGGGCAGCCUUGUUUCGAAAAUCUUGCAUCGGGUGUCACGACGCAGGUGGCAACUUAAUACAGCCAGGAGCAACAUUGUUCUCCAAGGAUCUCCAAAAGAAUGGUGUUGAUAGUGAGGAAGAACUAUAUAGUAUUACAUACAAUGGGAAAGGGAGAAUGCCUGGAUUUGGUGUAAAAUGCAUGCCUAGAGGCCAAUGCACCUUUGGCCCUCGUUUACAAGAUGAAGAAAUUAGCCUUUUAGCUCAGUUUGUCAAGAUGCAGGCUGAUCAAGGCUGGCCCAGUAUUGAUAUAUAUGGUGACUAAUGUGAUGUAUAUUUUAUGAUACUUCAUCCGUUUCUAAAUAAGUGCAACAUUUGCAUAGUUUUUACUAUUCACAGUUUAAACUUUAAUUAGCUUUGGUGAUUUACAUUUUGGGAAAAACAUAGCCAUGUGGGAUCUUGUUAGAUU